GAACGCCAGAACUCAUCACGUGCAGUGAAUGGAACGUGUCAAUUUCGUAUUCGUGCACGACCGGAACACUGGGUCGUCCUAGAGGCUGUCCGACCGUCAUCCAGUCGGUCUCCAACCCAUGUGUACAUCGGUCCAGAUGGCUAUGUUGUGAGCGGAGCCGCUGGACCAUUAUCCGUUCCUGGAAAACUGCUCAUGGUUCAUGCCAAGGGCUGCCUUCGGGAUGAAACCAUCCUCUGGCUUUGCACCAGUUCUCAACAAACGCUGGCUGCUUUGUUAUGUGACAAGUCCACCGACCAGUCAGAUCUACAGCAGAUACCAUCCGAGAGUGAGUGGUCAUUCAGGCUUCGAGGCACGGGUCUUCGAAACAAAGAGGCCUACUGGCGCGUACAAAAAGUCUCCAAAGGUAUUCGCCAGUUCGAAUCCGUAGCGUGGCCUGGACACUAUCUACGAGUAGUCAACGGAAAAGUGGAUGCUAUGGGCAGUGGAGGAACGGAUUGCCUGUUUCACAUCGUGCGUCAGCGAUCCAAAGGGUAUAUUCAACUCUCGCCUAGUUCCAGUCCGUCAGCCUUGGUUGGAAUGGAAGAAGACGGUGAAGUCGCCCUGUUUGCAGCUUCGGACACGGACCACACCCGCUUCUAUCCCGAAGUUAUAACAUACGGAAUUCACAAACCAACGUCUGAAGCGCCAACCGUGAAGAAAGCUCAAAAGAACGUCCCUGUAAAGUCCGAUGUAACUGAAGAUGAGCAGUUGGUGACCGAAGACUCUGUCAAGGGCUCGUGGCCCUUGCAAAUGACUGAAUCAGCAAUCUCUUCAAUCGUAAAUGACGAGGACCUGGAUGCUAGUCCAGAUUCUGCUCAAGGAGCUAAUCUAAAAGAUAUAUCGCCAAAUGACUGGAAGGUGUCCAUUACGACCGUGUAUGCCGCGAGAAACUGCAGUGUUCUCCUAGUGGUGUACGGUUUCCAGUCCAACUCUGGUCCUAUUUUAAUUGGACAAACAGGUGAUGAGAAAGAGCUGUUUCAGGAGGAUAGCACUGACAACUUCAUGGUUGUGCUUGAGAAACUUGAGCCAAUCUUCAAAGUUCGACUAGAACUUAGUCCUUUGGAUCCACAGGAGGCUGUUGAAUGGGAAAUCCUGGAAGUUGUCCUAGAGAAUUUCGUUAGUGGCGAAAAGCGAUCGUUUGACUUCAGUGGUCGACCUUUUGGGAGAACUUCGACCUUUUGUCAACUUGCUCGUGAACAGGUAAUGGAUGAUCUAGCCAUUGAACUAAAGAGUUGCAUCGCAAAAGGUUUGCAAUCUGUGGAUCCCGAGGACUCCACGAAACUAGAUGUGGUUUUCUAUAAAGUGGUGCUGGAACUUCGUUCCGAUGCAGGUUGGACCGAAAGCCAGUCGUCAUUCGAACCUCACGUCAGCUUGAUGGGACGCUACGGAGAUUGCGGUCGUCGUAUCAUCCCGUUGAUUGCACCAACUUCAAUGAGACAUAUGGAAAACGAGAAUUUAUGGGUAUGGAUUCAUCUUUUCGCCUUUGAUUCUGUUUUCACACUUUGGACCUAUAACAGUGAUGACUCAUCAACGUUAUCAUCUGACUCGAAGAUCGGAAAAAAUGAGGUUCCACGU